GUUGUAUUGUUUGUUAGUUAUUGACUUAUUGAGAUCUAUAACACUACAGAUGCUAAAAAUACUUAAAAUAAAUAUGAAAUCCAUGUGAAACAUGGAGGAAACAGUACAUGUAAAUAGAUUAUUUUGUUGAUACUGGCAGCCAUAGAUGUGUGAUUGUAAACUGUAAACCAUGAAACCAACAAUUUUCAGAAAAUGGUUUACCUCAUUAUCAGCUAUAUUUAAACUCUGAAGUCAUUUGUCACUUGACAACUUAGUAAACACCAUGUUGUGUGCAGAUAAAAGUGGCAUAUUUAGUAGCAUUAAUAAGGUUGACUGUGAAUUAAUUACAGACUCAAUAAUAAUUGUGUAUUGAAGUACAUUUACACUGCUAUUGUAGUCAAAUCCUCGAGUGAAAUUGAUAAUGAUCACAUAACUGUGUCAUCAAGUGAGUUUAUAAUACAAAUCACAAAAUGGCGGCAGGUUCAGUUUAUAAAAGUUCAGACAUAGUGAUGGAUUAUUGUUGCGAUGCAUGCAAAGAGAAACAUAUUGACGAAAGUGCCGAGUCCUUCUGUAAAACAUGUACGAAGCUAUUUUGUGGCAAAUGUAUUAACCUGCAUAGCCAGUUAUAUGAAAAACAUGUCUCAUUCGGGAGAGGAGAUAUGAACAAAUGGCCUAUCAGUAAGAAAACAGAGGAUUUCCUACAGACUUGUGAGAUCCAUGAAGACGAGAAGCUGAAAAUGUUUUGUCAAGACCACAGUCAACUCUGCUGCACUAAUUGUGUACUACUAAGUCACAGACAGUGCAAGGAGGUGACCCUGUUAUCAAAGACAGUUAAAAGUCGCUCCGCAGAUCUGCAGCAGUUGGCAGUUAAGAUUGGAACUAUCUUGGAAGAACUGAAACAGCUUGGAAUUUCAAAAGAAGACAACAUUACAUCUGUGGAGGACUCAUUCAGUGAACGACUUCAAGAAAUCAGAGAUGUACGACAGAUAUUAAAUGUUGCUUUAGAUGAACUAGAAAAGACCACUUUGCAAGAACUGGAAGAUAUGAGGACUGCAGUGCAAGACUCCCUCCAGGCUGAUGUAGAUAAAUGUAACAGACUGAAGGAUGACCUGAAACAACUUCAUGAAGCUGUACAUGACCUUAUUGAUAAGAGAAAGGAGGAGCUUUCAUUCAUAGCUGGCAGGAAAUGUCUGGACAAGAUUCAUGAAUCAGAUAAAUAUCUGAAGGAGAACUCUGUUAACAUUGAAAUUCCUAUAAUGUUCCAGGCAAACAUUGACAUUGAAAAGUUCUUAGUGAAACAUUUAAGUCUGGGGAAGAUUGUGAAAGGACGUCAGUCACUGGCAUUAAAAUUGAAUCCAGACAAGGUGAUCACUUUGAAAGGAAAGUCAGAGCAUGAUGUACACCUACCAAUUGACUUGAGUAAGACUUGCCAAAUCACAGGCAUCUGUAGUCUCCCUAGUGGUCAGAUUGUUAUUGCAGAUGAAAAUAAUGAUAGAGUGAAGCUGUUGGACCAGCACCACAAAGUUGUCAGUCACUGCAAUGUCUCUGGUAUUCUAAGUGAGAUAUGCCAUAUCACAUGCAAUGAUGUGGCAGUAGGUGUGGUAGGACGGCCAAGCAGUGUCCAGUUUAUUUCUGUAUGUGAAGGGCAGCUGGUAAACAACAGAAAGUUUCAGGUACAGCAUGGUAUUGUUGGUAUUGCCCAUCACCAGGGAGCAUUGUAUGUCACCUCUGGCACUGCUCUGUACCACUACACCCUGACUGGGAGGCUUGUGAAAAAGAUAUAUGAGGACGUAUCAGUGUCAAAGUGUGCUGUGAGUCCAACUGGUGACAGGAUCUAUGUCACCACCCACAACCAGAACAAGGUCCUCACACUGUCCACAGACGGCACUCUGAUAUCCACCUAUACUGCCCUUUUUAAACAACUACAAGAUCCAUGGUGUGUUUGUGUUACACCUGAAGGGCAAGUGUUGGUCGGUUGGUUCCUCUCAGACACCAUCAUACAGCUGGACAGAGAAGGCAGGAGACAACUAGCUACUCUUGCCAAUAAGAAUGAUAAUGUGAACAUUCCGAUAUCAGUCUGCUACAAUAUCAACAGGAAUACAAUAAUUGUGGGAAUGUAUAAUAGGACCAAAAUACUUGUGCUUGAACUGCAUUAGUUUAUUUUUAUAACAUUAUUUUUCAUGAAAUUUCAUAUAUUAUGUACAUUGUAUUUGUCUGUUGGUACAUGUAAUACAAUCAAUCUGGAUGAUAUAAUGAAGAAAAAUUGUAUCAAUAUGCAACAUUAACAUAUUGUGUAGUCUU